UGCCCAGCUGCCGGCACACGGCGGGGACGGAAUACGUGGUUUUCAAAACUCACACUACCAUUGGCACCAACACACUACGUAUGGGCCUGCAGAAGUUACAGUAGGAGACGCAGCACCGUUCACAUCUUGCAUCAUCCUGUUACAUGGCAACAUUGUCAGCUGUAGAUACACAUACGCUGGAGCCAUCAGUGAUACAUGGGCCCAAAACAGUUGGCGGCCCAGGGCGGCCCGCGGCACGGAUCGUGGGCGGGGUGAACGCGGCGACGGGCCAGUUCCCCUUCGUGACGGCUAUCACCAUGGACGACAGCUUCUUCUGCACCAGCUCGCUGCUGUCGCACAACUGGAUCCUGACGGCCGCCCACUGCGCCGUUGAAGCCAGCACUUUCGGCGUGAAGCUGGGAAUAACCAACUUCCUCGGAGACGAGGAUGGAGUGGUGACCACGAAGUCGAGGAAGGUCGUCGUAAAUCCCAACUACAACACUGUCAACUCCAGCUUCGACAUAGCCUUGAUAAUGCUGGCUUCUCCCGUGACAUACACCUCCAGGAUACAGCCAGUGAAGCUGCCCAGUCGCAGCUCAGCCAGCAGUUCGCUCGCCGGGACGGCCGUCAGAGAAAUGGGAUGGGGCAUCAGCGACGACUUCCCCACUACGGUCAGUCCCGUCCUCAACUACGUGGACAUGCACGUGAUCAGCAACGAGGAGUGCAGCAAGUCGUUCCCGGGCUUCAUCGACUCCACCAUCAUCUGCGCCAUAGGGGCGAACAUGAAAGGCGCGUGCGGGGGCGACAGCGGCGGCCCGCUGGUGACGGACUACGACUCGUCGGCGCCCGUGCUGGUGGGCGUGGCCGACUUCGUGGGCUACCAGGGCUGCUGGGGCGGCGAACCAACGGGCUUCGCGCGGGUCUCCUACCACCUCGACUGGAUACACUCCGCCACGGGCAUCGCCGUCCGGAGCUGAGGACCCCUCCGUCGAGCGAAGCAUCCUCGUCCUUUCUUUCUGACGUGAUCGACGAAUGCCGGCUGCAUUGUCGCGUUCCGCCUGAAGCCGAGCGUGCAAGAACCGGCCAAUCACCGCGCGAGACAAAUCUUAAUAUAUAGUCUAUAUAAAUCCAGUGUCCUGAUGUUUGUUUCCAGUGAACUCCCAGUCAAACCGAUUUCGAUGAAAAAAUUGGCAUUUACCUAUGUGUAAUUUUUUUUCCAACUUGAGAGAUAGGAUAGUUUUUAUUUCGAUCAAAAUGGUCUUAAUAAUUUAUAAUUAAUAAUAAAAUUGAUUAUCAAUGUUGAUUGGUGUUUCAAGCCCGGGAAACAGUGGGUACUUCGUCUCCAUUACAACGUUGCGUGCUCGAGAGUGGGGAAACCAUCGGUGCUAUUCGUUUUUUCUUCGGAACAUUACAAAGCACUGUAAUAAGUUUUUGUCAAAAUUAAUUAAUUUUCAUUUUAUUUCAUUUAUUAUAACUGUAAAUAAGAGAUUUGGUCUCAUUUUCCCCCAUUAAUACAACCGUGCGAAGCCGGGUCGGGCAGCUAGUCUUCUAUAAUAUCAAACAGGUUAAGGCGGGCCUUUUUAACUAAUCGUUCGUGAUUAUAUUUAAACAAAUUAUUUAAAUUAAAUUUUGCAAAAACCUGUAAAUAAUAUAUCUGAAAUUUUAAAAAAAGUAUGCAAUUUUUUCAUCAAUGUAUUUUUUUUAUGACGUUAUCACGUAAGAUUAUUUUCCGUAAACCGACUUUACAGACAACAACCCCCACCCUUUUUUUUGUAAACGCUAAAAUUACACAUUUGUACCUUUUACAUUAGAACAACUGCGUGACUACAAAAUGGUGUUCGCAGUCACACUGGGAACCAACUGCACACAAAAUAAGCACGUUACGACAGAAUAAGUUCUUUUCCAUCGUUCAAAAAAUUAGGCUUGAAUUAAAAAUAAAAAUAAAAUAAUCAUGCGCCCUUUUGUUUUCCAUGAAGAUAUACUCAACCGUUUAGGUAAGAACAAAUACCAUUAAAGCUCCAUUUAACACAGUGCAUGAAUUGUAUUGGUGUAAUAAAUGUAAUAAUCACGCUAGAAAGAAUAAAUUAUUUACAAAAUGUAGCCAAUGAAUAAGCUGGGCAUCCUAGAAGUCAAUGAAUCCGUUACACGGCCAUAUUUGUAGGUCUGGCAACUUCCUAUAUUUUGCCUUGGCAUGACUUCUUCACUUGUGCGGCCUGGUGCGACUUGUGAUCUGAUUCCACCAUUAAUUGGUUAGUCUAUUCCUAAAAUUGUUUAAAAAGGCGUUCUAAAUAUAAAUAGGAUAUUACUUGUAAUUCCAUCUAAUUUUAUAAAGUUGGGAUUGAUUAUAUUACUUAUAAUUUAUUUGGGUGCUCUUUAGGUGUUUAAUCCUUAACAAUGACUUAUAAUUUCACCAAAUUUGUCAGUUACGCUGAAGUGAUAACAGGAAAUUCUUCAGUCUUGCAUUGAGCUAAAUUGUACAGAAGGUUAUGGCUCAAUAAUCUUCAAGUAUUUCAUUUAUAUUAGUGACUAAGGAUCAAGUUAAAAGGGAAAAAUUGCAAGUUGCAAUACAAAAAAGAAAUUGUAGUAACCUUGUGUAAAAGUGCCAAAGGUUUUUUCCCCCUUAAUAACGAAGAAUUUUUUU